AUGAAAAUCGAAGAAGUUAAAUCAACAACCAAAACCUAAAGAAUAGCAUCUCAUUCACACGUAAAAGGUCUCGGUUUAAAUGAAGAAGGAACUGCCGUAGCUGUUGCUUCUGGUAUGGUAGGCUAAGAAAAUGCUCGAGAAGCCGCAGGUAUAAUAUGUGAUUUAAUAAAAACCAAAAAAAUGGCCGGAAGAGCAGUUUUAUUAGCCGGACCUCCUGGAACUGGAAAAACAGCAAUUGCAUUAGCUUUAUCAACUGAAUUAGGUCCUAAAGUGCCUUUUUGUCCUAUGGUGGGUUCUGAAGUAUAUUCUUCAGAAGUAAAAAAGACUGAAAUAUUAAUGGAAAACUUUAGAAGAGCAAUUGGAUUGAAAAUAAAGGAAACCAAAGAAGUUUGGGAAGGGGAAGUUACUGAAUUAAAAACCGAAGAACGUGAAGAAGCUGAAGGAUAUGGAAAGAUCGUAUCCAGUGUAAUAGUUACAUUAAAGACAUCUAAAGGCACUAAAUAAUUAAAACUCGACCCUUCUAUAUAUGAAAAUAUGUAAAGAGAAAAAGUUUCCACAGGCGAUGUUAUUUAUAUCGAAGCAUCUUCCGGAAAUGUAAAAAGAGUAGGUAAAUGUGACUCUUAUGCUUCUGAGUUUGAUCUCGAAGCUGAAGAAUAUGUUCCUUUACCUAAAGGGGAUGUUCAUAAAAAAAAAGAGAUAGUGUAAGAUAUUACAUUACAUGAUUUGGAUAUUGCAAAUGCAAAACCUUAACAUGGAUAAGAUUUUGUUUCAUUAAUGGGUUAAAUAAUGAAGCCUAAAAAAACCGAAAUAACAGAUAAAUUAAGACAACAAAUUAAUUAAAUAGUUAACAAAUAUAUAGACUAAGGAAUUGCAGAAUUAGUACCUGGAGUUCUUUUUAUUGAUGAAGUACAUAUGUUAGAUAUUGAAUGUUUCACUUUUUUAAAUAGAGCAUUAGAAUCUAAUUUAGCUCCAAUUGUAAUUUUAGCUACUAAUAGAGGUAUGUGUACUAUAAGGGGAACUGACAUUGUAUCGCCACACGGUAUUCCUGUUGAUUUGUUAGAUAGAUUACUUAUUAUUAAAACUAGCUAGUAUGGAAUUGAAGAUUUAAUUAAAAUUUUAGCUAUUAGAGCAUCAACAGAAAAUAUCAAAUUAACAAGUGAUGCGCUUUCUCAUUUAGCAUAAAUUGGAGAUAAAAGUAGCUUAAGAUAUGCAAUUUAAUUAUUAAGUCCGGCUAGUGUUUUGGCUAAUACUGAAGGAAGAAACGAAAUUACAUAAGAUGACAUAGAAUUGAUUUUUCAUUGUUUUUAGAUGCUAAAAAUUCGGCAAAGAUUUUGAAUUAAUAAGCAGAUAAAUAUAUUAGUUGAUUUUAAUUAUAUUUUUUUAGAAAGAAAAGAGAUUCAAUAUUAAAUAUAAAUAAGAAAAUAUUAAAAAUAUAUAUAUAUAUAU